GCCGUACCGUCUACAACAGUGGUCACUACAGUCCCACUGUCCAGCUAGGCCUAGGUUAGUAUGCAACAGCCUGUUUCAGUGGCUAUGCAGACGCUGCAUCAAGCACCUGGGCCCAUGCAGCCGAUGCAGUGGAUGCCCAAGAUACCUCUGAUGAGUCCCAAACCUUUCUCUGGAGACGAGAAGAGGGAGGAAAACUUGGACACUUGGGUGAGGAUUGUGCCUACUUAUGUGAGGCACAAGCUCACAAGGCCAGAACAGGAAGUGGUAGUGGCUGCCUCCUUUUUAGAAGGAUCAGCAACCCGCUGGUUGAAUGGCUUGGUGCAGCAACAGGGCUACGGUCAGGAUUUCGAUGCGUGGGCUCAGUCUCAGACAUUGGAACAGUUCGUACGGUCCGUCUACAACAGGUGGAAUGACCCGCAAGGGGCUCAAAAGGCCACCGAUGCUAUUAACAACCUUUGUUCCCGUAGGUUCAAGGAUGUUAGAGAGCUUACAGACACCGUAGAACGCCUUCUCGUGGUACCUGGUGUGCGUUGUGACCCGCAGGUUCUCCUAACGGAUUACCUAAGGUGCCUACCUACAGAGGUAAGGACCAAGCUGGUUGAUGAGGCCUAUAUCGACCAGCACACUUUUGCUUCUUUUAGUAAGAAAGCACUGGACGUAGAGGCAAAGCUAGGAUCUGCGCAUAAGGCAUCCAAUGAUGGUAGGAAGAGACUGCCCCAAGAUUGGAAGAAAAAGGGUCAGUUAAUGUUCGUUGACCACGAUGGUCAAACGACGGAGAUUGAUGACUACUCAGAUCUUGGGGAGUUCACAGAGCACGAUGGGGGUGGCGAGACUUCAGAUGGUGGAGUCGUGGCACCCAUCAAAGAAAAGGCUAGGGGGACUGGGAAGAAGAAGGUAGUACGGUCCACGGGUCAGGGCGACCAAGGAACACCCGCAUGGGUGAAGAUUGGUUUAGAAUACGAGGACUUGCCGCGGCAAGAAAGUCACAACGAAGGUAGCCUCACCAACGGUGGUGGGCUUACCUUCGAACCUUGGAAGUGCUUCUGCGAGCAGCUCACAGGGAAACACCUCGGGCCAGUAGGAGUGUUAGCCGCUCUUACUCGCGCUGAAGUGGUAACGUUGCCUUCCCCACUUCAGGCGCUGGCCAAUGCUAGUGACCCAGGUAUCGCCCCGCAAACACAUACAAACCCACCGACGCUCUGUUUGAAAGAUGUGUCUGAGGCCCUAGAAGAGUUAGAGACUGAGUGGUCAGGGAAGGACCCCAGGGACUCUUGGGAGAUGAUGAGUGGAGGUCCAAAGGGUGAACAUUUCGUGGUAGAAGUAGAUGUAGGUGGCCGCAAGAUUGGCGCCUUCGCAGACACAGGCUCUACACGAAAUUUCAUCAGUCGUGCUUGUGUGGAUAGACUGCGCUUAGGGGACCAAGUGCAGCGACUUAACAGAACUGUAGCUUCUACGCUAGCCAACAAGCACAAGAUGGUAGUAAAAGACUAUGUCAAGGACGUAGCCUGUUCCUUCUCCUAUGGAGGAGGGGAAGUGAUCCACAAGAUCUCCUUCCGGGUUAGUGACGAACUUCCUUUUGAUAUGCUCCUAGGUAUGUACUACCUCGAGGCCGCGAAACCACAGUUGGACUGGGAUAGAAAGCACGCGAUGAAUAGGAUCUUUCAUGACUACUUGGACAAGUUUAUCGUCGUGUACCUCGACGAUAUUCUCAUCUUCAGUAGGACUGUAGAGGAGCACGCUGAGCACUUGAAAAUAGUGCGAGGUCUCCUAAGACAGCACCAGUACAAGGUAAACUUGGAUAAAUGCGAGUUUGGUCGCACCAAGAUCUUGUAUUUGGGUCAUGAAAUUUCAGCAGAUGGAUUGAGGCCGGAAGAUGCGAAAGUGGCCAGCAUAUGUGACUGGCCCAGACCUCAAACUGUUACUGACGUCAGAUCGUUUUUGGGGAUGACGGGCUACUAUCGUCUGUUUGUGAAAAACUAUAGUACUAUAGCUUCCCCAUUGACAGAUCUUACUCGACUUGACACCCCUUGGGAGUGGACUGAAGAGUGUGAGGCAAGCUUCAAGCAAUUGAAGUAUGAUCUAACACACUAUGAAGUUCUCAAACUUCCCGAUCCUGACAAGCCGUUUGUCGUGACAACAGACGCCAGCCAAUAUGGCAUUGGCGCUGUCCUUGCACAACAGGAAGGGCCAAAGUUGAGAUCGAUCGAGUAUAUGAUAGUUUAUUUAGAUGACAUUCUAGUGUUCAGUAAGACCCUCCAGGAGCAUGAGGGUCAUCUAAGGCAGGUCUUGGAGAAGCUCAGAGAGGCUAACUUCAAGAUCAAUGCAAAGAAGUGCGAAUGGGCAAAGACACAAGGUCUGUAUUUAGGCCAUGUCUUAGACGGAGACGGCAUCAAACCAGAAGAUAGUAAGAUUGCAGCGAUUAGAGAUUGGCCUACACCCCGCACGUUGACAGAGUUGCGGUCGUUCUUAGGCUUAGCUAACUACUCAAGAAAGUUUGUUAGGAACUUCUCCACCAUCGCUGCUUCCUUCCACAGGUUGCUGAAGAAAGAAGCGAUCUGGAAGUGGGACAAGGACUGCACGUCUGCCAUGAAGAAGUUAAAGCAGGCGUUGAUAGAGUACCCAGUCCUCAAAGUAGCCGAUUCGCCCUUACCAUUCGUCGUCGUUACUGAAGCGAGCCAAUACGGUAUAGGUGCUGUGUUACAGCAAGACGAUGGCAAUGGGUAUAGGCCCGUAGAGUUCAUGUCUGCCAGAAUGCCUUCGGAGAAGGUCGCAACAUCUACCUAUGAGAGGGAACUCUACGCUCUCAGGCAAGCUCUAAAACACUGGAAGCACUACUUGCUUGGGAGACACUUUAAAGUCUACUCAGACCACGAAACGUUAAGGUGGUUAAAGACGCUGACCAAGAUGAAACCUAAGCUGACUAGGUGGGCCGCCGAACUAGACCAGUAUGAUUUUGAGCUCAAGCCAGUCAAAAGGAAGUAUAAUGUAGUUGCGGACGCUCUGAGUAGGAGAGCUGACUACUUUGGAGCAAUAGCACUUGGCAGCCCACCUGUUCUGGAUUCAUGGACCGGAGACGACGUUUGUAACGGCAAUGCUACGUGGUUUGGGGUGGACUGCGGCCCUAGUACAACGUCUCCAUUCAGUCUUCAUGCUGUGGUUGGAUUGAAUUUGGCGAAUCUCCAGCUUUCAGGAUUCAUUGCGCCAGAGAUUGGAUUUCUUUCUCAGCUUUCCUGGGUGUAUCUUGGGAACAAUAAUCUCACAGGGUCGAUCCCAGGCGAAUUGGGGCAGCCUUUGUCCAUACGGCACCUGCACCUCCAGAAUAAUAAGCUUACAGGCACAAUUCCUCGGGAGCUUGGCAGGUUAAAGCAUCUUGUGUCAUUUGCCACGUCAGCAACAGUGCCAUGUCAGCAGCAGUGCCACGUCGGUCAUAGCGCCACGUCAGCAGUGCCACGUCGGUCACAGUGCCACGUCAACAGUGCAACGUCGGUCAUAGUGCCACGUCAACAGUGCCACGUCAGCAGUGCCACGUCAGCAGUGUCACGUCAGCAGUGCCACGUCAGCAGUGCCAUGUCAGCAGUGCCACGUCAGCAACAGUGCCACGUCAGCAAGUGCCACAUCAGCAGUGCCACAUCAGCAGUGCCACGUCAGCAGUUCCACCCGAGGCUGCCCGCCUACGGGCUGAAGCAGCGGCAACAGCUGAGAAGCAGCGGCUACAGGCCGAAGCAGACGCAGAUGCCCAGGCACGCCGCAAGGAAGCCCAGGAUCUGCUACGGCGGCACGAAGCUGCCAGCAUCGAAAGACAAGUUUUGGCAUUUUCAACCGUCCAACGGCGACGACGCGACACCGGAAGAGCAGCAUAAGGAGUUUCUCUCCCAACUCGUGACACAGUUGUUGUACGCUUGCAACUACCAACAGUUCGAGUUAGAGAGACAGAACCAGGAACUGCAGCAACAGUACCAGGAUAUGAAGACACAGCACCAGGAGUUGGCGAACCUCCGCCGGAUAGUGCAGAGCCACGAGGAUGCUACACGGGCACUCAAUUCCCGUGUACUGGACCUGGAGCAAGCCGUAUCAGGACCAGAUGCUGGUGAGUCCAGCAGUGCACCCUCUAACCGCCAACUGGAGCAACGCGUUGACCAUGUCGUCGCAUUGCUCGGCGACAUCAGCACCUUCGCUGCUCCAACCACCAUCAGCAAUCAGCUGGAUACUUUGAAGACGGAGGUCCAGCAACUUCAGUUGACGAACACGGAUGGCAACAAUCCAAAGCAAUACAAGAUGCCAACUUUUCAACUUGAGAAGUUCGACGGCUACAUGCUUCAAGACCCGGUGCUCUGGUGGGAAGCUUUCACGACGCAACUUCGGAUUCUGCCUGUCGCCAAGCACGCGUACAUCGGCGCCCUGUUCAUGAACUCAAUGGGCGGAUGCCAGAUCUGGUUAACCCACUUGGCAGCCACCCACGACGUCGACGUCGCAGAUCUGAGAGACAAGAUCACAUGGGAAGAGUUAACAAGGUUGUGGAAGAAGCGGUUCAUCGUCGACGACGAACCAGCACUCGCCAUCAACCGUCUCUUCACCAUGACUCAAGGCAACAUAGCAACACGUGACUGGCUCAUGGAAUGGCAGAAGAUCGCGGCAACGACCGAUCUUGACUUACCAUUUCCGCAUCUACGCCGUGAGUUCUACAACAGGUCAUGCGUUGCAUUAAGCCAGGCACUUGGUGAUCGCGAGCAGUAUGCAACUUUCGCCGAGAUUAUUGACAAGGCGAGAGAGAUCAUCAAGACCAACAGGGCGGCUGCACACGAGAGGUCAGCGUGGCAGCCAACCUAUGUGGAGAAGGUGAAAGCUGGUUCGCGACAGCAGCAGUUCGCUGCAGUUCAAUCGGACAACACUGUGGAAGACCCGACAACCACCCAAGCGUCACGUGAACGAGAUCAGGUGGCUGCUGUCCAGCCGCGAAGCAACAACAAGUCCCGAGUAAAUGGGAAGGCGAAACCAGCGUCGCAGGCCGGAAACGGACAGCCAGCACCAUGGGUCAAGUUCAACUUGACCGAGGCCGAAUACAAGUACCGUGACCCUUCGCCGCCAUCUACCGCCGGGGAUUCAACGUCAUGGUCAAGACUUGAAGAGCUCGACCCGUUGACAUUUGCGGACUUCCAAUGGAUGCCCCUUCCCCGGUCCGGUCGAUUGCCGAAACCGCAUUGCAACGUGCUCAAGGCACAAUUGCGGGAUUACUUGCACACUGCAGUACCGACGCCGUUGAUGGACGCCGGAGUAGAGGCGAUCGGCCUUCACGCCUACAUUGCGAAGAUCGACCUCGAGUUCAAGACGCAACGGUGCGACGACAUCGACGCACCAUUGCUAUAUGUACGCAUUCAGAUCGGAGAGGCGACCUGCAGCACUCUGAUCGAUUGCGGAGCAUCUCGCAACUACACGAGUCAGGACUUCAUGGUACGCGCCGGUGAGGCGGUGUCCUUUGACAUUCUGGACACCAAAUUCGACCGGUGCAUUGAUGAUGUCCAAGUGUACUUUGCCCCUCACGCAAGUGAGGCAGUGUCCUUUGACAUUCUGGACACCAAAUUCGACAUGAUCUUGGGCAUGUCAUGGCUGCGAAGCGAGGAUCACCCGAUGAACUUCUACCGCUGCACCGUUCACGUUCGUGAUCGGAACGGAGUACUAGUCCCAUGCACAACAGUUCCUCCUCACCCUUCAGUCAGCUGUCACGUGGUAUUCGCCGCAAGCAUGCGAGCUUCCAUCAUCAGAGACGACAUCGAGGAGAUGGGGGUGUGUUUUCUCCACGCCCUCCCACCCCAUGACGCUUCAUUGACGGACGCUUCUUCGGAUCCAUGCAUCACCGAGCUUCUCGACGCCUACGGCGACGUGUUCGAAGGCCCGCACGGAGUAGUACCGGAUCGACCCAUCCGCCACGAGAUCAUCCUCGAGGACGGGGUCGUACCUCCGCGCGGUUGCAUCUACCGAAUGAGCGAGGAAGAGUUAAGUGUGCUUCGGGCACAACUCGACGACCUUCUGGAGAAAGGCUGGAUUUGGCCAAGCUCAUCGCCAUACGGUGCUCCUGUUCUCUUCGUCCGAAAGAAGAACAAGGAUUUGCCGUUGUGCAUCGAUUAUCGCAAGCUCAACACGCACACGAUCAGAAACUUCUUCUCCAAGCUCGAUCUCAAGUCGGGAUAUCACCAACUCGAGAUUCGGCAGGACCGCUACAAGAUCGCGUUUAAGACGCGAUAUGGGCAUUUCGAAUGGCUGGUUAUGCCAUUUGGCCUUACGAAUGCCCCGACCACUUUCCAAGCGGCUAUGACAACGGAGUUCCGACACAUGCUGGAUCGAUACGUACUUAUCUACCUAGACGACAUCCUGGUGUACAGCUGGAGUUUGGACGAGCAUGUGGAACACCUGCGCACCGUUUUGGAGCGGCUACGACAAGCCAAGUACAAAGCUAACCGCGACAAGUGCGAAUUCGCGUGGCAGGAGCUGGAGUACUUGGGACAUUAUGUGAUGCCGCAAGGCAUCCGUCCGCUUGCGGACAAGAUCGAGGCCCUACAAGUAUGGCCCGAGCCCACCAACACCACGAUCGUUCGUUCAUUCAUGGGAUUGGCGGCCUACUAUCAGCGAUUCAUCACCGGAUUCUCGAGGAUUGUUGCACCUAUGACAAGAUUACAAUCGCCAAAGGUGCCAUUCGCAUUCGAUGACGACGCACGCCGGUCAUUCCAAGCACUUAAGACAACUAUGCUCAUGGCACCCGUCCUUAGCAUCUAUGACCCCACCCUACCUACGAGAGUGACGACUGACGCUUCCGGCUAUGGCAUUGGGGCAGUCUUGGAACAGCACGACGAGGACGACUGGCACCCUGUGGAGUAUUUCAGCCACAAAUUGCCUCCCAUCAACUCGCUUGAUGAUGCAAGGACGAAGGAGCUGCUCGCAUUCGUCGUGGCUCUCAAGCGAUGGCGGCACUUCCUCCUUGGGCGUCGUAGGUUGACAUGGGUUACGAACAACAAUAUAUUGACCUACUACAAGACGCAGGAUACAGUGAGCAGCACGAUCGGACGAUGGAUGUACUUCAUCGACCAAUUUGACUUCACACCGCAACAUCUUCCCGGCCUCUCCAAUCGCGCAGCAGAUGCACUCUCGCGAAGACCUGACCUUUGCGCUAUGACACAUCAUGCCUUCGCAUUCGACGAGGAGCUCCAGCGACACUUCAUCAGGGGCUAUGAGUCCGAUCCAGAUUUCGCCACGCUAUAUGCGCAACUAUCUUCGGAUCACCCGCCGGCCAGCCACUACCGCAUCGCCGAUGGGUACUUGUUCCUGCACUCGCGCGGCAAGGACUUACUAUGUGUCCCACGCGAGCGUCGUCUUCGGACUCGCCUCCUUGGCGAGUAUCAUGAUUCGCGACUCGUCGGCCAUUUCGGAGUCAACCGCACUAUUGCACGGGUUCGACAACGAUUCCAUUGGCCCAACCUCAUCAUCGAUGUCACAAGGUAUUGCGACUCUUGCGAAGUUUGCCGACGAAGCAAACCCCGCAACUGCAACCCCUACGGCGAGCUGCGCUCGAUGUCGAUCCCGCAGGAACCCGGUCUCUCCAUUGCCAUGGAUGUCACCGGACAAUUCCCCCACGACCGCCUCGGACACAACGACAUCCUCACAGUCGUGGACCGAUUGAACGGGCAGACGGAGCGGGCACAUCAAACCGCUCAAAUGAUGCUUCGUACGCUCAUCCGUCCGGACCAGAAAGAUUGGGUUGACCGCCUCCCCGACAUCGAGUUCGCCUACAACACUUCGGUGCACCCGGCGAUCGACGUGACUCCAUUCGAGUUGCACCACGGUGGACGGAUUGGCCGUAUCUUGGCUGACCUUCCCCUCCCACGACCAGCCGGCAUCGAUGCCGCUUGCUCUCCCGCUUCCGUCCGGAAGUACAGGGAAUUGCUGGCUCAAGCCUGCACGAAUAUGCAAAAGGCUCAAGUCCGCAUGCAGCAGCAAGCCAACAGGCAUCGCGUGCUAUGUCCCAUCCGCAUCGACGACCUGGUUUGGGUUUCCGUGGAAAAGUUUGCACUGGAACAGGAUGUCUCAGGCAAACUGCUUCCCAAGUGGUUUGGACCAUGGCCCGUAACAUCAGCCGCGGGCGAUGAGCCCGAUGGCCCUUCAUUUGUGAUCAUCAUCCCCCCGCAUCUGACGGUCCAUCCAGUCUUUCACGCCUCAAAGCUGGCAACAUACACGCCAGCUGAGAGCGACGACUUUCCGGGCCGACGAUCGCAGGACCCUCCUUCUAUGGAUGGUCAUCAGGAAGUUGACCGCGUCAUCACCGAUCGCAAGUACGGCAGCAAGCCGCGACAGUACAAAGUUACAUUCAAAGCCUGCGAUCGCGAUGACACUCGGUGGAUUUCAGGAGCAGAUUUGAAAACAUCCGCACCGCUGAUCUACGCACAUUAUGAGAAGCAAAGGUCCUUGGGGAACAACAAGCUCUCAGGGUCAGUACCACGGGAGUUGGGCAACCUCACCAACUUAGAGAUAUUGUCUUUGGAGGGCAAUAUGCUGUCAGGGAAUAUUCCGAGCGAGCUAGGUGAUCUGGGAGAGCUGCAAUUCAUGCGACUGAAUUCCAAUAUGCUGAACGGAUGGAUACCAGCGGAGCUUGGUGCCUUGACAGAACUGAAGGAGAUGUUCUUGUCGAACAACAAAUUGUGGGGCAGAAUUCCAACCACUUUUGGAACAUUGAGUGCCCUGGAAAAACUGUCACUGCAGGGAAAUCAUCUAUACAGCAGCAUACCGUCACAACUAGGUGAACUGCAGUUGCUAAGUGCACUUGACCUUGCUGACAACCGUCUUGAUGGGUCUGUGCCUCGAGCGCUGGGGAAGCUCACGAAUCUCACGUUCUUGAGCUUAGCAGAUAAUGAGCUGUCUGGAUCUCUUCCAGAGGAGUUGGGAAGUCUUGCAAAGCUUCGAACGCUAUACCUUUUCAACAACGAUCUCACAGGACUGAUUCCAGGCAAACUUGAAAGAAUUCGAGAUUUAAGGUACUUUGGGACUGCAUUAUGCUUUCGCCCUACUUGCUCCGUAAGAGCAAGACGUCGGCGAAGAUGUGAGCCUUGGCGGAGAGUUUCAUGUUUGUGCCCAGGACGGAGUCAACCUGUUGGGAGAUGUAGUUGCGCCCAGAACGGAAGUUCAUUCUCUGCGUGUGAAUGCCAAGGGGUUUGCAAUGACUGUGCUGCAGGUUACAUUAAUGGUGCUGGGGUUGCCUGUGACUGUGUCAAACCGGUGGUCGUACACAUAAGGCUUCCCAACCAAUCCAUUGACCGUUUUUCAAAGGAGGAAGAAAAAAAGUUUAUUGCAGUUCUUUCAGAAAACCUUGGUCUUUGGGCUCGUCAGGUCAGGAUAUUGCGAGCUGCACGGGGGAGUGUCAUGCUUGCCAUAGGAAUCCUGCCUGAUAUAGGAUCAGGUGCUAUGCUUGACCCAGAAACAGCCGUGCGGAUCAAGGGAACGCUGGAACAACAGCUGCUUGACUUAGGACCAGAGUUCGGUCCAUACCAGAUGAUUGGCAUCUCCAUGCCUGGUGAAAUUACUUUGACAUCAGACUCAUCUGCAGCUGCAUCAGCUAUUGUCUCAUCAUUUUCUUCGCCAUCAUCAUUUUCUCUGCCAUCAGCAUAUUCUCCACAAUCAUCGUCUUCUGAACAGUCACCAUCUUCUCAACAAUCAUCAUCUUCUUCACCGUCAUCAUCUUCUCAACAAUCAUCUUCUAGAUCAUCAUCGACUUCUCCUCUUUCAUCAUUUCCGUCCGAGCCACGGCCGCCAUGGGAACCUCGUUUUCCACCAACUCAGGAUUCCUUAUCAGGGCCUGUGGAUGUUGCUGGUUAUAGUGUGCCACUCUCACCUUGGAAUUCUGCUUCGGAUGAAACCUCCAACACGCGACAAUCACCAUCUGCACCAGGCACUGUACAGGAAUCUCCAUGGGACUCGUCAGAUGUGCGAUACAUUAUCUUGCUGCUGCUGAUAGUGCUCUUGGUGAUUGCGGCCAGUCUUCUUUUCAUGGCAAUGAUUGCCUGGUGUGUGGCAUGGAAGUAUUUCCAUCAUGUGAGGAAACGAGACAGUGCAAGAGCAAGGGCCAGACCUGGGUUUGAUUUGAUUGGUGCCAGUAGGCUUGGAGCAAUUGGCGAUGGCUCUGAUGCAAUUGUCAGGUACUCGGAGCCUGUUGGAUAUGGGCUUAGGAGAUCUAGCUUUUCUGGGCACAUUGCCGGUGGUGGCCUUAACAUGUUGCAAUGGGAUGGGGAUAUGGGUGUGAGACCUGCCGCAGUGCUACGGCAAGAAGGCGGCGAGGAUAGGAAUGGAUCAAAUAGUGGGUCCCUUCAGAGAACAGGAAGGUCAGGGUAUCAUGUUGUUGACUCCAUCAUCGAGAUUGGGGAUACCCCAGAUGUUGACCGUCGCAGAGGGGCAUCAAUGCAUGCUCUCCCUGGACUUUCUGUUUCACCUGGGUCCCUCAGGGAUGAUGGUCGUAAUCUGGUAUCCCACUCCGUGCCUCUUGCGGCUGGUACUCGUCAGAAAGCAACUGCUUAUUCCAUCCCUGGGAGGAGAUUUCUUAACGAGAGAUCACAAUCCUUCCCUGCUAGCUCGCGGUCUUAUGCGUCCAAGAAUGGAAUUCCUGCGGCCGGUCAUGUGGUUUCUGGACAAACAGGUGUAACAGAAAGAUUGCAGACAUCAGCUGACUAUGACAUGCAAGCAAAGGACACACAGAAACUGCCACGCUCCAGUAUGCUAGAGAAUAGCAUGGGAAGGGAGAGUGAUCCAUUGCAAGCCCUGCUGUCAGGUACAAGACUUGUACAGAGAGGAGAUUUGAAGCGUAGAUCAACGUCAGGAGUACAGUCUGGACAGCUGGGCAGCCGAUCGGAGGGUUUGCAGGGGAACUAUGAUCUGCAUUUCUCUUCGACUUCAGAAGAGUCAUCAGACUUGUUCUCAUUGCAAUUGCAAAGCCCAUGGUCAAGUCCACCAAAGCUGGGCUUUGUCCCGUUUGCACUGCUCAGGGCCGCCUCAGGCGGUUUUAACCGAGGCAAUUUGAUCGGCAGAGGGAGUUCAGGUGCAGUGUAUAAAGGUGUCAUGGAGCUUCCACGGGAGUGGGGUCGGAAAGUGAGUGACACUGGAAAGCGAACAAGGGCAAGAAAGAGAGGUUCACAAAUGAAGGUUGCAAUAAAGGUGCUUGAUGAAGUCAUCAUGCAAGGAGAAUGGAGCACUUUUCGAGCAGAGAUGGAAACCCUUGGUAGACUUCGGCAUAAGAACAUUGCUGAAGUUCUGGGCUUCAGCAGGGAUGGAACUCAGCGCCUGAUUGUCUAUAAGAAUAUGUCAAAUGGCAGUCUCAGCGAUCAUCUCCAUGGGCCAAAGGAGGAUCGUUUCGACUCUACUCCCAUUGUGCAUCUGAACUGGCACACUCGUCUUCGGAUUGCAUAUGGUGUGGCGAGGGCACUAGAAUAUAUACAAGCUGCAGCAGAAGCUUAUGUAUCGUUGAGAGGACUCAUAAGGAGACGGGAGGCAAGUGUGCGCACGGCAGGGAUGGAAAAUGUGGAUCCGAAUGUACGAGGGGAGAGUAGCAGAGCUCCAGCGGAUGAUGAUGAAGAUGGUGAUGGUGAUGGUGAUGAUGACCUCCCCAAAUGCACUUGGGGAAGGAGUGUACAAGCCAGCGAUCCUGAUUAUCAGGGUAUCCGAGCUUCAAGACAGUCAGGACAUUCGGGCAGGGGUCGAUGGGCAUGGUUUGGUGGAAAGAAGAAGAAAGAAUCAUUAGGUCAACAGAGUGAUGAAGGGUACCGAGGGAGCAAACUAAACAUUGGGACUCCCCGCAGUAGUACUGAGCAAGGCGAUGGAGUUUAUGUUUGUGAUGCCCGAGGAGGGCCCCAAUUCCAUUUGGUUGCAGGAGAAGAAAUUGAUGAAGGUGAGCAAGGGGAAGAAGAUGAUGAAGAUGAAGAGGAAGAAGAGGAGAGGUACACAAAUAGAGAGGGAAUUGCAGCAGCGGGUGUGGAAGAUGAGGUAGCUGAGGUGCUCGAUCGACCAGGUAUGGCUGUCGGCGAAGGUGGUGCUUGUGUCGCGGUAGAUGCACCAAAGCGUCCUUCUCGAGCAGAAAGCAGCCAUAAUCAAACCUUGAGCUCAAACUCCUGGGGAGGGCUUGGAAGCUGGCUGUCAGGUUUUUCUAAACGGAAAGGACCGUUAAGGAGUCAAGAUAGCAUGGCUCGAGAAGCUGCUGCAAGCAAUACAAGUGAGGGGCGAGGACAAGGAAAGCAAACACAAAUGAAUAGGUGGAGACCCCUAGUGAGGGCUCCGAGACAGCUCCAAGAAGGAAGUCCAUGGGAGAUGAUGCAAUGUGAGAUGGCAGAUGGAGUCGGCAGGGUUCUGCACUGCUGUGUGAAUUGCUGGAACAUACUGCUCGACGACAAACUGAACCCAUGUGUAUCAAAUGUGCGGUGGGUGCCCAUUGAUGUGACCACUGUAAGGGAGGUUAGGGUUCUUGAAAGAAUGGGCCCUAAAGAUGGGACGGGUGGACAACAAGGAAGAGUGGCAGUCCCUAAUGAGGGUAGAGCGUCUACGAAAGGCUCAUGGAGUUUUAGUGGGGGUGGUGGGCGUGCGGGAGGCAGUGGUCCUUCAACAUGUGUUGGUCGAGGAGUGUCAGCCUGGGGCUGCGGAGUUAGUGGAGCAGCCACUGGUACAGCUGCGGGGGGUGUUGAAAAUGUGGCCGACAUGCGGUGGGGAUCUUCAAUUGUUGUGACAUGCAGGUUUGUUCCGUACCACUUCCAUGUGCACAGACGUUCUAAAAAGUCAGCAAAGGAUGUUGACCAACACAUCCAGACCUACAUGAGGGCCUUGGAUGAACAUGUCACCAAGACUUUCACUCCCGAGGUUAUAGAAAAGAUUGUCAAGGGAGCUGGAGGCAGAGGAGGAGAUGGUGAUGACGAUGGCGAAGACGAUAAGAAGGGGAAAAAAGUUGGAGAUCCGAAGGGGAAACUUCCACAGGAAACAGGGCAGCUACACCACGUCAGCGAGGACAAGCAUCACGCGUACUUAUACUCCCGGUCGGGGGGCGCGUGCCAAGCAUGGUUGGACAAUCUCUUGACCAAGUACGGGGUGGUAGCUACCGACUUGUACACCAAGAUCAGCUGGGAUGAUCUAAAGGCGGCGUGGCAUAAGCGGUUCCAAGUAGAGCCGCCGGAGAUCAAGGCAAUGGACAAAUUGCUGACCUUCGAACAAGGCACGCUGCCAAGUGUUGACUGGAUUGCCGAGUACCAAUGCUUGACAUCCGUCCCAGACAUUCAGAUGGGCUUCAAGGCCGUCAAACACUACUUCAUCACGAGGUCGUGUCCGGCGUUGGGCAACGCCUUGACUCACGUCGAGGACACCCUAACGACAACAGCGGAGCUUUUUGACAAGGCCGCGAAGAUCAUUGUCACGAACAAGGAGGCCAAAAACCUCAACCGUUCGUCUGCGACAGGCCCGAGCAGAGAUCAACAUCGACCGAAAGUGGUCGUGGUCGCGGCGGCAACGCCAAACGACCCUUCUAGUGAGGCCGAGACAGAAGAUGAAAAGAAGUUGGAGUGGAAGCUAAAAAUGACGAGGGAGAAGAAGAGGGGGGAGGAAGCGAGUAGAAUAGCCGGGGAGGUUGAGCGUGUACGAACCCGCAGGCAAGUACUGCGAGCCCAAACAGAGGUUUCUGCCAAAUUGGAUAAGGUGAUGGGCUUUCUAGAAAUUCUGAGCGAGGCCUGGCUAGAACAGCACAAGGCCCGUAAGGGCCAAGAUGUGACUCUGCAAGCGAUGCGAUCUGGGUUUAGGGAGUUUGUGGACGACGUGGUGGGCCACGUCGGGGCUGAGAUAAGAAGACUGAGGGAUGGCGUAGACAAGUUUUGCGCUGGCGCCAGCGAGACCGCCAAAGUCGUGGCCACGACAGAGGCCACGGCUCGCCCCCGCAAAGAGCCUGUUAAGUUAAAGUUCCCUGAUCCAUAUAGCGGGAAGGAGGAAAACUUCGAUAACUGGGAGGCCAGCAUAAACACCUAUGUCUUUUUACAGCAUAUUGCCCCCGAGGAGCAGGUCCUCGUUGCCUUCCAUGCUCUAAAGGACGAAGCAGCUAGCUUCUCCAGGUCUCUCGCACGUGCCGCAGAUUGCGAGCACAACAUGAUUGCGUACUCUAGACUUACCUCCCUCGCUGCUUUCCUCAAACUCCUGCGUGAGAGGUUUGCUGACGUCACUGGAGGCGUCAGGGCCUCUGACAAAUUACAGACCAUCCAUUCGCGACAGUGGAGGAGUGCGAGAGCGCUCAAAGCUGCCAUGGACGACUUGGUAGCCGUCCCAAACCACAGGGUCACCGAGACCCGAUUGGUCCAGUUGUUUUAUUGUGCCAUCCCAAAGCUCUUACGAGGGCACUUCUUUGACAAAAGUCAACAGCCCACUAUGACGUACGAUGCGCUGAGUCAAGAGGUGGUGCUGUACGAGGCGCGGUCCAUGCCAGUUACCACUUUCUGGCAUAAGGACUUAGACAAGGGUAAAAAGUGGAAAGGUCGUACCAUCUCUGGUCAGGUGUACUCCGACCACGAGACACUUAGAUGGUUGAAGACACGGGCCAAGAUGACACCUAAGUUGAUCAGGUGGGCCGUUGAGAUAGACCAAUAUGACUUUGAGCUCAAACCAGUGAAGGGCAAGUACAACGUAGUUGCGGAUGCUCUGAGUAGGAGAUCAAACUACUUUGGAGCCAUAGUUCACUAUCUGGACAUAGGGAGUGACCUGCAGGAGAAAGUUAGACAAGCGUAUGUGCAGGACCCUAUCUAUAGUGACCUCCUCAAAAAGGUUAAGGAGGCCCCAGAGCCAGAGCCAGAUUACCGCACUACUGAGGGUUUGUUAUUUGAGAAGACCAAUGUAGUAGACCGUCUGUGCAAUUCCAACAAUGAGGAGAUCCGAAGUUUGAUCUUAGGAGAAUGCCAUGAUACGGAGGGACAUUUCGGUUGGCAAAAGACUUUAGCCAAUCUGAUGCACGCGUAUACAUGGUCGGGAAUGAAGAAUGACUGCAUAGAGUAUGUUUGCAGUUGUAAGCUGCAAUGGGAAUCUCACAUCAUGGUGGCUUGUCUUUAUGAGUUGAAGGAGAGGAUGCCAGCCUGGGCCGCGAUGAAGAAAGAUGGGAAAGAGCAGCUAGUCUUAGUAGAUUUAGAAGUCUUUAGAGGCAGGGUACGGUCCCUCAUAGAUAGUGGGGCCACUCGUAGCUACAUUAGUCGUAGAGCGCUGAAGAAGCUAAAGCUCAAUUUGAAAGGCCAAAAGUUGGAUGAGCCCAUAAUCAGCAUCCUCGCAGAGAAUCGCGCAAUGGGAAUCGAGGAUUACGUCGAGGGAGUCCAGGCAUAUUUGCGCCUAGAGCAAGAUGGGAAGGUAGAGAGAGUUCUCCAUUCCCUGCUCCUCGUAGAGGACAAUCUCCCGUUUGAUAUGGUCCUAGGAAUGGAUUGGGGAGAGGCAGCAGGAGCCAAACUGCACCUAAGAGAGCAUGAGUGUAGGCUUCCUAGUCCCUUAGAUGGUGUCAAGGCGGCCCAUUUGUUCCAUGUCUCAAGAGUAGAUAACUCCCUGGCACAUUGUUGCCUCAGUGCUCUCGCAUUCGCACGAUUAGUGAAGAAGGAGCAAUUAGAAGAGCAGGUCUUUGUGGCCUAUGUCAGGCCAAUCACUGAGCCUAAGAAAGAGGAGCCCACCAACCCACUAAUUGCCAAGGUGUUGGAAGAGUACGCAGACCUGUCAGAGGCUCCAUCAGGACUAGUUCCGCAUCCCAUCCAGCACCGCAUUAAGAUAGAGGAGCUCCUAGAGCUGCAACAAGUCGAAAGGAUCCGUGAGCGGUUAGAGAGGGAACUGAAGCAAGCUACUGACAGAGAAAAGGAAAUAAAAAAUAGAACAGCCAGGCUUGAUACGUUAGAGGCAGACAAAGCUGCAUUAGAGGGUUUGAAUGAGUCAUCCAUGUCUGACCAAAUGAAAGUAGUGAAGAGCAGCGUACUGUCGCUGCAUGCGCAUGUGGACAGAAAACUGGACUUCAUGCAGAACUCUUUGGACCAGAUCUUGGACCUUUUGCAAAGGCCAGGAUUUAGGCCAGCAGCUCAGUUGCUGUUGCCGUUGACGACGAUGUCAGGCCCCUUUCCGGUACAAGCUGGCACACAGCCAAGUGGUACGUCUGCAGCAGCCGCACAAACUGUUGCUUCUUCUUCUUCUAGGUCAACGGUGGUAGCUACACCCUCACCGCAACAACUUGUUCCUCAACAGGGACAGCAACAAGGUCAAUGGUACCCAAAGACCCCUAUGAAACCGCCCCUUGCCUUCUCCGGAGAGAAGAAGGACGAGGAACCCAACACAUUGUUGAGAACGGUUCCGGUGUGGGUAAGGGCAAAGAGGACUAUGCAGGAGGAGGAGGUGAUUACUGCUGCAUCUUACCUGGAGGGUAAGGCAGCCAAAUGGCUGGAUGGAUUAGUAGCAAAGGCCGGGUACGGACGACGCAUGGCGGACUGGGUUAAGACCCUAACGUUAGAAGAGUUCUUAGACAUGGUAGAAGCUCACUGGCAUAAUCCACAGCAGGCGCAAAUUGCCACUGAUGCGAUGCUCAGACUAGACCAACGAAAGUUCAAGUCAGUCAGAAAGCUAACGACUACCGUAGAGAGCCUCAUCGUCGUUCCUGGCAUACGCUACGAUGACCAAGUCUUAUUGACCAUGUUUGUGAGAUUUGUCCCAGAGAAUCUCCGAAAUUUGCUGGCCAGUGAGACUCAUCUAGACCAAACCAUGCUCUGUACGUUGGAUGUGUCUGAAGCCUUAGAAGAUUUGGAAAGUGAGUGGUCAAGUAAGGACCCUCGUGAAUCUUGGGUGGCACUAAGAAGAGGUCCUAGAGGGGAACAUUUCGUUGUGGAAGUUGAUGUAGGAGGCCGCAAAUGUGGUGCCUUUAUAGACAUCGGCUCCACGCGGAACUACAUAAGUCGCGACUGCUUGGAGAGGCUGCACCUACAGGACCGGGUACAGCACCUUAGUAGACCAGAAGCAUCUACUUUGGCCAAUAAGGAGCGCAUGGUUGUCACAGACUAUAUCAAGGAUGUAGUUUGUACCCUCUUCUAUGGAGGAGGGGAACUUAAUCAUAAGAUUUCGUUCCUGAUUAGUGAGGACUUACCAUUCGAUAUGUUGUUAGGGAUGUACUACCUUGAGGUUGCCAAGCCCCAGUUUGACUGGGACAAGAAGGUGCUAAAGCAUAAGUUGCCUGAUGGAAGAACAGUGAGGCUGACUAAGUUUAAAGCCAGUAGUAUAAUCGAUACCUAUGGCUGCUUGUGUGCAUCAGCGUUCUAUAACUACUAUAAACAGAACCAAGAGGAGGGUAUGUACCUAGUGUAUGUCUCUGAGAAAGGGGCGACCGUUAAAACACCCCUAGAGAUAGAACACGUCGUUGCUAAGUUCCCUGAUCUGUUCACGGAGCCCACAGGAGUCGUCGAUAGGGAGGUUAUCCACGCCAUAGAAAUCAUUCCAGGGAGUAUAACCCCAAAGGGAAGGAUCUAUAGGAUGGCUCCGACCGAGUUGGAUGAACUUCGGCGACAACUGAAAGAGCUGACAGAUAAGGGAUGGAUCCGACCGAGUACUUCCCCCUUCGGAUCUCCAAUGUUAUUCGUACCGAAGAAGGGGGGUACAUUGAGGAUGUGCAUUGAUUACAGGGGCCUCAAUGCCAUCACAGUGAAAAACGCAAAGCCUUUACCUCGCAUAGACGACCUAUUGGAUAGGGUGCAGGGAUGUAAGUACUAUAGCAAGAUAGACUUAAAGUCCGGCUACCAUCAGAUUGCAAUAAGACCUGAGGAUCAACACAAGACUGCUUUUCAGACCAGACACGGUCUGUAUGAGUUUGUAGUGAUGUGCUUUGGCCUUUGCAAUGCGCCGGGUACAUUCCAGCAUGCCAUGAAUAGGAUAUUCCAUGACCACUUAGAUAAGUUUGUCGUUGUCUAUCUUGACGAUAUUCUUAUCUUUAGUAAGUCUGUCGAGGAGCAUGCACAGCACGUUGAGACUGUACUUUCACUCCUGCGACAACACAAGUAUAAGGUCAACCUAGAGAAAUGUGAAUUUGGACGCACUAAGAUCUUAUACUUGGGUCAUGAAGUAUCCGCGGAAGAUGCGUUGUCCCGUAGAGCAGAUUACCUAGGGGCGCUAGUUUUCGAGUUUGGUGUAUCUGAGGAACUAACUCAAUCGCUGGUGGGAGCCUAUCAGGAAGACCCUGGCACGAUGGACAUCAUACGCAAGCUUCAGGCAAAAGACAAGGCCACAAAAGAUGUGUUUGUGAUGGUGGACGGGCUUCCCUUUCUUGAUAAGGCCGGAUUUAAAAGGCAUUGUGGUGGUGAGUGUCCCUUGGACGAGAUGUCUUGGGUCAAGAGCGAGGUGUUUGCGUUUGGAGUGUUGCUUCUCGAGCUGAUAACUGGACAUCACGCUGCUCAUUCACAGAGCACACAAGGUCGUCAUCGUCUUGUUGCAUGGGCAAAGCCGUACCUGGAAAGCGCCGAGAGGAUCCAAGGUAUCGUGGACCUGCCGCUGGCAGGAAAGGUGCCUCCAGAUGAGCUCCACCAGGUGGCGUCAAUUGUGGCGAAGUGUGUACAUGACGAUCCAGAUUUGCGUCCAGAUAUGUCGGUGGUUAGACACAUGUUGAGACGCGUUCUUUAUGGUGAUUAUCGUGACACGUCACGAAACCUGCACACGCGGGGCUCCACAAGUCACAGUACAGGUGGACAUGGCAAUGGCGGCAGCAGGGGUUGCCCGGAUGAAAGUGCUCCGAAGAGCAACGAGGCAUGCGUGACAGGUGAUGAUGAUGGUGGUGGUAGUGAUGAUUCAUGCAAGUUGACAAAAAGCACAGGUGCAACAGCACGUCGUAGCAGGCCUUCCCCCAGAGUGCAGGAAAGAGGCAAGAAUCUGCAGGAGGAAGACUUCCGGAGCACAAAAGUGCAAAGUAGGUUCGCUGGAUGGUCGAAGUGUGAGCGGCGGGAUGAUAAUAGUGAGCGUUUGGAGAGGGAGAGAAUUAUAAGGAGAGAGAGAAUGAAGACCAAUCCAGAUCUUGACCUGCCAUCUGAGGGUGAGGAGGUGAUAGGCUUUCCAACACAUAACGGAAUGUUUGUAGCAGAGGACAUGGAGGAAUCCGAUGUGAAGAGUGUACAUUUACUCGACCGAUUUCGUAGGAACAGUGUAGAACGUCUUGGCAAAAGCAAAGAUAUUGAUGCAGAACUUUUGAGAGACAGUGAAAAUUGUGAUGGUAACCCGCUUGGAGAAAGUGAUGAGAGAAGCCAUAGACUUUUGAGAGAGAGUGAAGGGGACGGUGCAUUUUCUGUGCGCACUGUGUCAGAAAUAGAAGCUGAAACGACUGUGUGCAGCUCCAUGGACAGGGAGGAAAAGGAGAGACUGUUUGAUGACACAAAGGGUUUUAAAGGUCUUGCAAAAGACUUGGCAUGGAGGGGAGGGUUGGAGCACGGUGCAGAGAGGCAUUCUGCAGAGGAAGCUGAAACAUUGGACGAGCGUAUGCCCUUGAUGACGGACUCGCCCUGGUGUGAAAUGCGUGGUGGCAUGGCCAAGGAUGGACACUGCAAGUUGGAAGGUGGUUUACCAGUUUGCCCGCCAUGCACCUUUCACCAGCCGAUCAGAAGGGAACCAUUAGCUGUGAGGCCUGGAAACCCAGUGCUCGAUAACUUUGGCCACGGACUUCCAAGGACGAACAAUUUUCAAGAGUAUUGGCCACGCUGUUCAGAGGAGGCUUCUCCUGGCACCAGAAAGGAAGGCAAGAAUGUGUUCUCCUUCUUGCCUUCACAGGUCGAGCAGUUUGUGAACUCGUGCAGCGAUUCGAAUCCCCAUGAGGGACGGCCAGGAAGAUCUCAGUCCGCAGAUGCUGUGCUAUCGCCGGACAAGUCCACUGCUCAGGCAAACGGUAGGUGGGAAGAAGAAAUACUGCAGGAAUGGACAAAGAGGACCGAAAAGAUGGAGGUGGGAAUUGCAGCAGGCAAAGUAGGUGAGGACAGGAAGCCGUUGUGGGCGGAGAACGCUGGCCUGAAAGACCAGAGUCCCAUAAGAAAGGCCAGUCAGGGUCAUCUUCCAGCUGUGUGCCUCGCAGUGGGUGAAGUACAGAGGUGGAUGUGAGGACGAAAGCCCCACGGUUACACCAUGCCUUUUUGUGAUUGGUCUCUGGUCUCUAUACUGCUGGAGUAAAGUCUGGUGUAAGAAUAGAGAGCACCGCAUGUAAUCCAUAACAAGGACGUACACUCUGAGCAAUGCUGUUACAGAAAAUUGUUGUGGUUCUGAUGUCUUAGGUGCACAGAGAUGUGUGUGCUAUUCGUUCACUUGCAAGAUCUGAGGAUUGGUCUCUGGAGUCUCUAUACUGCUGGAGUAAAGUAUGUUGUAAGAAUAGAGAGCACCGCAUGUAAUCCAUAACAAGGACUCCAACAGCACGGUCUUAGGAGAGGUCAUUUGUGUCGGCUGUGUCUAUGUGGAGAGAGCUCAUGACUGCGUUGAUGAUGGUGCCAGUGAUGGCACUCUGUACAUGUGAGAGCUUUUUUUUUCCCCUCGUUUUAUGGGCAUGUCAACCCCACUUGACUAAGUAUCGGCUUUUUUUUAUCCUGCAGUUUUACCACAUUUUUGGAAGAGUUCCACAGCACCAUGACUCCUUGACCGAUCGUUCAAUGUUGGAAAAUGAGGCACACAUUUAGCAGGCCGGAUACCCCACACCUCCAUGUUCGUUCCUUGGUCACCCGGAGUUAUUAUCACCUACCUCUUGGACUUGCUCUCCCAAUAAAAUGAAUUCAGCACAAUGAU